AUGGAUAUAAAAGUUAAAAUUUUAGGUGGUCUUGCAGCAGCAUUUGCAGCAACAGCCAUUUAUUCAUUUUUCAAAGAAAACAACAAAACACUAAAUUAGAAGAUGUUUGAUUAGAUUCAUAAAUUUAAAAACUACAUCGAUAAUCAUUUUUAUGAAUGUACCAAAGAAAAUGUUAGAUUAUUAUUCAUUAUCAUAGUUAUCUAAAAAAUUGGAAGAUAGAAAAGACUUUGUUAAUUUACUAAAUGAAGUAGCUAGUAGUUUUUUUGAUAUAGACAGAGUCAAUGAUGAAAUCACUCGACAUCCUUAUUUCAAAUAAUUUGCUGGAGUUAAUUAAUAAGUACAUUUAUUCAAUUAAGAAUAUACUUCAUUCUAUUUAAGAAAGUAAAAUUAUCAUUUAACAAUCUAGAAACUCUUUAGAUACAGUAUAAAAUAGUCUUAAUUUUAUUGUUAGCAAACAUAAAUUACUUAAUUAAGAAUAACCAUAAUUAUCUGAAAAUACUUAGAAGUUUAUUAAUUUUUUCUAUCUUCUAUUUAUUAAUUUAGUCAAAUUAAUUGAAGAAACUCUCCUUGAUUUAGAAGAUAAAAAUACUUUAAUAUAAAUAAACUUUUUUUUAGCAGGAUUAUUAGAUCAAAUAGAAUUAAUUUUAAGACAGUUUCCAUUAUUAUCAAAUCUCUUUGGUAUUGCUCUUAUGGGGCAAUUAUAAAUAAAUGAUCCUUUAAUUGGAUUUGGACAUUAAUGUGAUGAUAAUUUCUUUAAUUCUAAAAUUGAAGAUACCAAUUCUAAUCAAAAUUGUAAAUGUUUAAUCUUUGAUGCAUUUAUUCGUUUCAUCUCAAUAAUCACUCCAACUUUGCAGAAGAAAUUCAUAACAAUCUUAGUUGAUUACUAAAUAAUAUCUACAAAAGAACAUUUAAUUAAAUUAGGAUAAAUUUUAUUAAAAAAUUAGUUUUUUUUAAAUAGUCAGAUAAGCAAAGAAGAAAUGUAUUAUGCUAUUGAUGUAAGCGUUUUUAAUCAUUUGUUAAUACAAGCAACUGCUUAUAAAGAAGUAAGAAAAGAAUUAAUAAAACCAGAUUUACUAGAUUAAUAUUUUCUCUAUUUGGAAAGAGUGAUUACUUAAAAUAACCCUAAAUUCAUAGCAAAAAUAUUAACUAGUAUCAUAGCUUCCCAUGUAAUGAUAUAUCCAAUAUUUGGAGAUGAGGAAAUUUUAUCAUAAAUGAUAAAUAAUGAAAAAUAAUAAACAUUAAUUAUUGUUCAUUUUUUAGGAAUGCUGCUAAUAAUGGAAACAAAAGAUACAAUAGAUGUUAAAGAGAAUCCAAAUAUUUAGAUGUUAGAUUGGUUAGCAUAGAAUAUGGAUUUUAUGCUAGCAGUAGAAGUAUUGAAUUAUUUACAGAAAUAAUUUAUUUUGAAAAUAUUUAGAAAUAAAGUUAGUGAUAUUCCUUUAUUGAUGAAACAGUAUUUAUAAUGUAUUCGUGUGACUCAUAAUAGAAGAAUCUAAUAAAAAACACAAUAAAAGAAAUAUUUUGAUGUUAAUGCAGUACUUUAAUAAAUGAUUGGAUAUUUGACUGUAAUAUAGAUAUCAGAAUUACCAUCAAAAGAAUCAUUGUCAAAAAUAGUAAGUUUGUAUCCAUUUGUAGAUUAGAAUGAAUAAACAAAUGUAUUUUCAAAUAUAUUGCGUAUUGUUUAUGAUCUUCCAACAAUAAACUUUCAUUUCUUAAAGUUUGUGUUGGAAAAAUGUGAAAAAAUAUCAAAAGAAUCAAUAUUGAGUUAUAAUGGUUAUUAUUCUCAUAUUUUGACUGCAUAAACAGUUUCAUUUGAUUCUUAUAUGUUUUCAAUUCAAUUAUCCUUAUUAUUUGGAAGACCUGAAGCUUUACUUGGAGAGAUCAGUUUGAGAAUGAAGAAUGAUUUUCAAAAUUUUGAUAAAUAUUAAGAUUUUUUAACUAGAGAUGUAUUAAUAUAUAGUGAUUAUAAAAAUAGAUAAUAUUCCUAAUAGACUUAAUAGAAAACCCAUAUUAUUGUAUGAAUAUUCUGAUGUAGACUGGAUCAGAAUUUCCUAAUAAAAAAGAGAUAAUGACAUAAUUAUACUAAUAUGCAGCCAUCUCAAUUUUGAAGUUAAAUGAAUAGAUGACAUCACUUUAAUUGUUGGAAACUUUACAAUUAUUUGUUCAUAUUUAAGAAUUACCUUAAUACAUAAAAGAUUUAUUAGAUGAAGGAUAGGAUGGCAAAAUAAAAUUGAAACAUUAAUAUUCUUAAAAUUGGCCAUACUUAAGUUUAUAGAAAGAUAUGGAAUCAGUUAAAUACUUUUUAACUAAGGCUACUGAUCCUUUUGACGAAGUAAUAAAUAUAUUUCUAUUUUGAUAGUUAUUAUAUGCUCCAGAUUCAUUUCCAUUUUUAUUUGAAAUGAGAUAAAUUGUGUAUGGUUGUGAUUCAUUUAUAAGAAUAAUUGAAUCUGCUUUACUAUCAAAAGAUAGAAUGUAAAUUUAUAUUUGGAUAGCCAAAAUGUUAUACUAUGGAAAAUAAGUAUUAUUGAGAAAGGGAUCUAACAAGUUAGAAUAAUUGUUUGCUACGGAAGAGUGUAAGACCUUUAUUCAAUCUUUGUCAGAAUAAGAGAGAUGCAAUAAAUUAGUACAAUACCUUUAACAGUGAUAUAU